AUGGCGUCCGGGCACGCUACAGCCAGUUGCUGGCCAACUGUGGCUUGCUGGUCGUGGCCGCGGCUGGCUGCAGGUGGCCAGGGUCGGCUGCGGCUGGUCAGGCCAGAGCAGCGGGUGGCCAGAGGGGUGACGGAGUCGGUGAAGGGUGCUUCAAGGCCUGCUGCUCCCUGCGAGGUGAAGGAACAUGGCACGAAGGCCAGUCUUAGGCACAAACUCCACUACGGUGCAAGGAAAAGCGAAAGCAUGGCUUUGGGAGGCUCACCGUCAUCAGAGGAUGGAGGUAGGCCGCCUGGUGUAGGAAGGGCUCGGUGCGGGCAGAUCGCGUCAAGGUGGUGGCAUUUCCGAUCGUGGCUGCGACGUCGUGGUGUGGCUGUCCGGGCUUGGUGGACGAAGGGCGACGCCGCCGUGGUCGGGGUGCAGGGCGAGGUCGAGGCCCAAGUUGGUGAUGGUCCGACGCAAGGACAUUCCGUAGCGGCCACGGUCUCCGAGGGCUCGGUGUCGCUGCAGGUUUCAGAACUCGGCGAAAAGGCCGGUCAGGCAUGGUCACUGAAAGGCGUCAAAGGCGGCGCGGAUCCGAGCAGCGGCAGCCGGCGGAGGUCCGGGAUGCGGCGGCUGCAGUUUCCACGAGGGCCAAGGAGGCAGCAGAGGCAUGGCUCGGGAGGCGCGCAGCCACGAGAUGCGGCAGCGGCGCCGGUCCGUGAUCUCGCAGCGGCAGCGGCGCGGGCCACGCGCUCGCCGACGUGGAUGGCAGAGCUGACGCUCCCUGCUGUGGAGCUCAGGUGGCUGCGGCACGCCGCUAUCAGGAUCAAGUCCAAGACCAAGGUGGGCGGGGCCGGGCUCACGCGUGAGGUCGUGGAGAAGAUUAAGGAGAAAUGGAAGACGGAGGAGGUGGUCAGGGUCAAGGUCUCCGGCACGCCGGCGCUCAAUAUGCUCCUCUUCCACAAAAUACUCGAGAUUAUGAUGAACCGGAAACCACUAAGGGGUCAAAGAAGAAUUCAGUCUCUUGCUAUGAAGUCCCCAAUUAAAGGGCCUCCUAAUGCUUCCUCACUACCAACUGAGAAAGCAAACAGUGGACAAGAUAGCAAUGGACCUUUAGUUUCUAAUGCUGUGAAAGAGGAAAUAGUUGUACAAGCACCAGAAAUCAAGUAUGAAGAUGAAAUUGACAAACUGUUGGAUGAACUUGGACCAAGAUACACUGACUGGCCUGGAUCCGACCCGUUACCAGUAGAUGCAGAUUUACUUCCUGCAACCGUGCCAAGUUACAAGCCCCCUUUUAGAGUUCUGCCAUAUGGUGUCCGGCCAUCUCUUAGCCGAAUGGAUACUACCAAUUUACGCCGUCUUGCCCGGGGACUGCCUCCUCACUUUGCUCUCGGACGAAGCAGACAACUCCAAGGCUUAGCUAAUGCUAUGGUAAAGUUGUGGGAGAAAAGUUUUAUUGCUAAAGUUGCUUUGAAGAGAGUAGUACAGCUUACCACCAGUGAGAGGAUGGCUGAAGAUAUUAAAGCACAGAAAAAGAUGGAGAAAGCUGAAAGGGUACUAGGAAAAGUUGAGACAGCCCUGAGGCCAACUGAAGAUUCCAGACCUGAAACAAUAACAGAUGAAGAGAGGUUCAUGUUUCGGAAACUUGGUCUAAGGAUGAACGCAUUUCUGCUCCUCGGAGCUGAGUGA